GGCGGCGGUUUCCGGCGGCGGCGGACACUUCCCGCGGAGGGACCGUCCCGUGGCACCUGGUGGGCCGAGGGGGACGCGGCGGGCCGGGAGCGGCGGCGAUGGACGACCACAGUCUGGACGAGUUCCGCCGGCGCUGGCAGGAGGAGCUGGCGCAGGCCCAGGCGCUGAGGAAGCGGCGGCGGCCCGAGGCUACCGAGCGGCGGCCGCGGCGGCCCGAGGUGGUCCCUGGGCGCGGCGAGCAGCAGGCCUCGGGGUACCUGGCGCUGGCCCAGGGCCUUUUGGAGGGCGCAGGGCGGCCCCCGGCGGCGCGGGCGACCCGGGCCGAGAGGCAGGAGGCGGCGAGCCGUUCCCGCUCCCCUCCGGCCCGCGAGGCUGCCGGCGGCGGGGAGCAGCUGGUGGACCAGCUCAUCCGGGACCUGAAUGAAAUGGAUGACGUGCCCUUCUUUGAUAUCCAACUGCCUUACGAGUUGGCAAUCAAUAUAUUUCAGUAUCUGGACAGAAAAGAACUAGGAAGGUGCGCGCAGGUGAGCAAGACGUGGAAGGUGAUUGCAGAAGAUGAAGUACUCUGGUACAGGCUGUGCCAGCAGGAAGGGCACCUUCCCGAGAGCAGCAUCUCCGAUUAUUCUUGCUGGAAGCUCAUCUUCCAAGAGUGCCGAGCCAAGGAACACAUGUUAAGAACCAACUGGAAGAAUCGCAAAGGCGCCGUGAGUGAGCUGGAACACAUUCCUGACGCAGUUUUAUGUGAUGUGCAUUCUCACGAUGGUGUUGUCAUUGCUGGAUAUACAUCAGGGGACGUGAGGGUGUGGGACACCCGCACCUGGGACUACACAGCCCCCUUCCUGGAAUCGGACUAUGAGGAGGAUGAGCCUGGAAUGCAGCCAUAUGUCUCCUUUGUGAGGAUAAACAGCUCGCUGGCGGUAGCAGCUUAUGAGGAUGGAUUUCUUAAUAUUUGGGAUCUAAGGACUGGAAGGUAUCCUAUUCAUCGUUUUGAGCAUGAUGCAAGAAUACAAGCACUAGCCCUCAGCCAGGAAGAUGCAACUGUUGCCACAGCUUCUGCUUUUGAUGUCGUAAUGUUAUGCCCCAAUGAGGAGGGAUAUUGGCAAAUAGCUGCAGAAUUUGAAGUUCAGAAACUGGUUGACUACCUUGAAAUAGUUCCAGAUACUGGAAGGUAUCCUGUGGCAGUAGCCACUGCUGGAGAUCUGGUAUACCUGCUAAAAGCCGAAGACUCUGCCAGAACCCUCCAUUAUGUCUACGGGCAGCCUGUCACAUGUCUGGAUGUCUCCGCCAACCAGGCUGCUUUUGGUGUGAAGAGUCUGGGAUGGGUGUACGAAGGAAACAAGAUCCUGGUGUACAGCCUGGAAGCAGAACGCUGCCUCUCGAAGCUGGGCAACGCGCUUGGCGACUUCACCUGCGUCAACCUCCGGGACAGCCCUCCCAAUCUCAUGGUCAGUGGCAACAUGGACAGGAGGGUGAGGAUCCACGACCUCCGCACUGACACGAUCGCCCUGUCCAUCUCUGCCCACCAGCUCGGAGUCUCUUCAGUCCAGAUGGACGACUGGAAGAUUGUCAGUGGGGGCGAGGAGGGCCUGGUCUCCGUGUGGGAUUAUCGGAUGAACCAGAAGCUGUGGGAGGUGCACUCCAGGCACCCCGUGCGGCACAUCUCCUUCAACUGCCACAGCCUCAUCACGGCCCACGUGCCCUACGAGAGGGUGGUGCGCAAUGCCGACCUGGACAACUUCGUCACCCACCGGAGACACCGGGGGCUGAUCCAGGCCUACGAGUUUGCAGUGGACCGGCUGGCCUUUCAGAGCACUGUGCCCAUCUGCCGUUCGUCCUGUGACACCAUACCCGGUUACAACUAUGACCUGGCGCUUGCCUUUCCCUGUGACAACAUUUAGGGAAUUGUCUCAUUUGGGAGCUGUGAGAAACAUGGGAAGAACCAAUUCUGUGUAUUUUAGAACUACAGAGGAGUACCUCACCAGGCUUUAAGUGUUGGGGGAAGAAAGCAACUGCAGGGUGCGCUUACGUGACCCCACAUACUCCUCUACUGCCUUUGCUUUUUCUCCUUUGCCAAUUCAUUUUUCUCCAGCUGCGUUUGUCAGGGCUCGUUUCAUCUUACUCUGUUCUCACUCUCUCUCUCAUGGCUUUGAGUACCACACACUGAUGGCUCAGAUUUAUACCUCCUUACCCCAUGCAGCCCUGCAUCUGCUCCCCACCUGUCUCAGGAGUGUCCCCCCGGCCCAAGCUGGGACCUCCCCACAUCACUCUGUACACGGCACACAGCCCCUGCUCCAGCUCUCAGAGACGGCCCUUCUGCACCCCUGCGCCAGCCUGCUCAUCCUCUUGCCAGUUGCCGCACCCUUUCUUCUUCGGGGGCCUCUGGACAUCCUAGUCCCUGAGCCCUUGGAUCUGAGACCAAGAAUUCAACUCUGGGUCGUCUUCUCUCACACCACCACCCAACCUGCGAGAGCAGCCCUUUUUCCUGGUAGAUUUUAACACGGUUAUAAUUAUAUAUUUAUACAACUACUUCAUUAAUAACUGUUUUGCUUACUAUUGUGUCUGCGAUGCACGAUACCAAGUAGACACUUUCUACGUACCGUAAACACCCAUCCUCCGCGUGGGGUUGAAGGUGAUGGGUUCUGGAGCAGAGAGUGAGAAGGAAGGGGAGAGAGCGGAGGGACCAUCACGUUCAACCACCGUGGGGCAGCACGAGAGACCCCUUCAGUGCGAUAACUAGCUUCCAUUUCCAAGGAUUAAGAGGGCAAACCCUGGCAUGACUCGUGAUUUAGCCUGUCGUGAGCAGCACCCGCCAUCUAAUGCACCUUCCAAAUAGCAACGCAAAGAGCUGAUGGAUGGAUGGAGCUACUCAGCGAAACAAAGGCCACGCCCCUGGUGCAUGAUUCAGAGGACUCACUUGAUACAAUUUAUAAGCGUGACACACACAGUGGGUGUAGAUAGAUAGAUAGGAUUCUGUCCCUUUUCAAAUACCCACAAAACAUGCAUAAAAAACGACCAUGUAUGAAAGCCACAAGGAAAAUCUCAGAUUACACAAGAGCAAUACGAGACAGGUCCAAUCCAGUGCCCCAGUCCCAAUGCGGUACGAUUAGAAAUCCACAAAAAGCUAAACAAAAACAUACACCUGGAAGCCCCAGGCACUCCUGAAUUAACUCGGUUUUAAACAGGGAAAGAAAGAAAAAUGGAAAAUAGAAACUCUCUAGACCAGGGUGAUAGUGGAAGCACUGAACACCAAGACCCAGGAGACGAGGCCCGAAUGGGCGGGGAGACGUCAUGACUUUAUAGAAAAUAAGACAGAAAAUCAAUGUGCUAAGCUGUCACCCCAGAAAGCUUAAAAAAGGUCACAGUGAUCCCAAACAAAGUAGAAAGAAAGAGUUAAAUCCUUCUUUAAAGGAGUUAGUUAAAGAAGGAUAAAAAUACACAUGAAUGAACUAGAAAACCAACAAAUAGUGAAGUUGAUCAUAAAGCCGAAAGCAGGUGUUUGGAAAGACAAAAUAUACAACUCUUGAUAAAGGAAAAAAAGGCACAAGGGACUAUCAAACCGAGUAUUUUCAGCAUGGGGAUAACUUCUCACUGAUCCAAGAGCAACGUGAAGCUUUCCUGCUGUUCACAAGCGUGCACGGUUGGGAAAUGCACCACUACGCGGAGUCCUAGAACUUUUUGAGUCGUGAGGGUUUUGGAAGGCUUUUCAAAUUAAGAUCCUCAGUCAUAAAAAAAUCCACAUCCAACUAGACAGAGCCACAUAGAGAGCCGCGACUGGGCACCAUCUCCCCAGUCCCGAGAGCACUGCUUUCCUUCAGGCUGCCUUCCCGGGAAGGCAGCUGUGUCAGGAGGGUUUUCUGCUUCCUUUCAGAAAACCCAGUUACUUCGUAAAUGAAGCCAAUCUGCAGUUGGCGAAUGAAGUAUGUACUUUAUUUACGCUCGCUGCCUUGUGGUGCUCUGACCCCCUAGUGACCUCGCUUUAAACGGUUUUUCACCUCUCACAGUCUUAAUGCAGCUGGACCACUGCGGAAAGUUUAUUUUUCCUUUUAAGAAGCAGCCCCUUCCAGUCUCAUUUCACAGUUCAUUUUGCAGAUACAUUCUCCCUCCUAGCUUUGCAGGAAUUAUGGGUAAUGGAAGAGUUCAAAAGAAAUUAGACCCAGAAAAUUUUACUGAAAGUAAAAACAGUUUUAAACUACUUUCAUUCACUGCCAACUGCUGGUCCAGUGUAAAUGUUACAAGCAUAGGGUUUUUCCUCCCAGCCUGUUGAUAACAUCUCCCAUUCAUGAAAACCACCUGGGUUUUGUGAAGGACUUUAUUGGACCCAAAUAAUCUCCAAGCACACCAAGUUCAGUCAGUGUUUUUUGCUGUAAACCUUACAUUCUGGAAGAAAUAGCCUGAUGGGGAAAGGAUCAAAGUUCCUUUAUGAACCAACAUUUACCAGUGGCUUAAAAAAAAUCUUGGCCCAUGCCCACCCCCGUCUGCUCAUCUCAUCUUACCUUUGUCCCCGUUGGCUAUUUUGUGGGAGCUUCUUUGCAAGUUCUGAGUGAGUUCUUAGUUGAUUUAUCGUCUCCUUUUCUUCUGUAUCUCUUCUGCUUUUCAAACUCGGGUCCCACUUCUCCCCUAAAGACAGAAGAGACUCUGAUAUGCCGCUGGGGGAGCCAGAGGGCCAAACACCAGAAAUCUCUGUCCUAUCUUAAAACAUUGUAUGACUUUGCUUUCUGCUUUAUAACAUGUCCACGUUGGUUCUAGUAUUAAAUUUUUAAAAUGUA